AUGGCACCUAACGCGUCCAAGAAGGGCACGCAGUCCAAGGCAAACUCCAGCAAAGUCGACCGUCGGUCAACCUCUCGCCAUUCUACUCCAGGAUCCGCCUUGACAGAUACCGCGCCGCCCACCCCGCGCACCGCGACUCCCUCCUCCGUCACAGCUUCUGCGGCCACUAUGGCUCGGGAGACGGCCUAUCUGCAGACCUCCACCGCUGCGCUGAUCUCGACCGAGGCCAGCAUCGAGAUGCUUAUUGAGAAAAGCAAUGCCUCCGUCGCUAAGGCGGGCGAUCCACCAGGCGCGCGAGAGCUUCAUGUUCUCCAUGACAAAAUUCGCGAUACGGUCCUGCGCUUCAUGGUCAAGCGGUCAGAGGCCUGCGACAGGAGUAUGCGUCAGUUGGUACAGAAGAGGAAGGAGCGUGCUAUGGCGGAGCAGGAGUGGGAGGCUUCGCGAGCGGAAGAGGAAAGAGUCAAAGUCAAGCGCGAGGAGGAUGAACGGCGGAAAGAGAAGAAGAAUCUGGCCAAGAAGCGCAGUCAUGACGAGAUGGAAGUCGAUGAAGAGUCAGAAGAUCGGAAAGAACAGAGGGAAAGCCUGCCGAGUGUCGGCGCGCAUGGCGUUGCCAGGCAGGAUGGAGUUGGCGUCAAUCAAGGCGCCGCAGCUCCACCAUCGCCUCCUGUACAACCCGGAACAAUUGUGCCAGACCUCAUGGACACCGCCGACUCCCCCGCCGAUUCGGAUGCGUCGAGGAACGAUCCACCGCCCGCCGCGCCUCUAUACGAGCGCAUAUUUGGCAAAGAUCCAACAGCAGCAGAAGAUCCGAUUGUCUAUGAUAUACGAGACCUCAACGAUGAAAUGACUUACGACGAGAAGAAAGCGAUUUUGAACGUCACACAAUGGCCCCCUUCAGAUCUCAACGACCUUACGGCUGGCGAUCCUCCAGAUAUGGAUUUCAGCAACGCGAAGCCAGCAAAUCAAGUGAAUUUCUCGACGUUCCAGACAUACAUUGAGCCCUACAUUCGACCAUUCACAGAAGAGGAUGUGGCAUUCUUGAAGGAACGAGGAGAUCGCGUGAACCCUUAUAUCAUUCCAGCUCGAGGUGCGAAAGGGUACAAGGAGGUCUGGGCUGCUGAAGAUGGGACGACAGGCAUAGAACCUCCGCAGAAACACGUCAACAACCCGAACGAGGCUCGAGGCAGCAUCGAAGAUUUGGACGAUGACAUCGCCGAUCAGGACACUGUUAGUGCGGGACCUGUUGGUAACCGCCUUCUAUCCAUGUUCCGUCCAGCCAUCAACGAGAUAAAGAAGCAGGAGCCUCCCGAGGACGCUAAUGGCGACACGUCGAUGGUCAACGGCGAUAGCGAUGGCCUUGAUGCGCUGCCAAACGGUACUGCCACUACAGAAGACUUCAAACCCGUGACAUGUCUGCCUGCAGACGCUGCUCGUCCCGCCAAUCUCCCCUCACUCGACUACGAGACCUUUGAGAACCGCGCUCUUCAAGAACUUCGCUACUUGGGAAUCCUCUCCCCAACUGAAACCCCAAAUUACGACGCUCACGAAGAUGACGAAGUCGCUGCACGCCUCCGUACGCUGCAGCACGAACUUCGCCGCGUUUCCCGCCUCAACAACAUCCGCAAAGCACGCGUUCUAGAACUGACCGAAGAGCGCAUGGCAAUGCAAGAAUACGCCAACAUUGCCGAUGACCUCGACAAUCAAGUCAACGCCGCGUAUCUCAAACGCAACCGUUCGCUCGCGAAGCCAAAUCCGAAGAAGGGCGGGUCCCAGGCGCGCCCGGGCCAGAAGGGUGUGGCUGCUGUGGCGGGCAGGGGCGUGAGCGAUGGGGUGAGAGCUUUGAUGCAGAAGCGGAGGGACUGGAUUGAGAUGGUCGGGCCGGUGGUUGGGUAUGGUCGACCGCCGAUUCCUGGGCCGGAGGAAACCAUCUUUGGGGAUGCGGAUGUGAAGAGACUGGAGAAGGUUGAAAAGGAGGCUGAGACGGCUGAUGUGGAGGGAGAGUGA